AUGAAAAUGGAAGCCAGCGCCAUAGCAUUGGAGCUGGAAGAUGAGGUCAAAGAUGCUUCCGACAGCGAAGGUUCUACAGGAAGCUGUGAAUUGGAAAAAGAUCAUUUUUCUUCUGAUGAUGAAGCAAUAGAAGCUGACAACAAAGAUGAUGUUGAACCCUAUAAUGAAAACGAAAAUACUGCAGAAUCCAAUGUUGAGACUAAUAUGGGCUGGGCAUAUGCCAUGGCUAAAAUCCUUAACAAAAAAAUUCCUGUAGGUAGACGCACCAUUCUGAUCAGAAACAAAGCGCUGGAAAAGGAAAAAUUAAAGUUAAAGCAAGAAAGACUAGAGAAGAGAAAACAGCGUGAUAAGAGGCUGGAGUGGGAAACGAUGCACAGAGUAAAGCCAGAUGUUGUCAAAGACAAAGAAACUGAGAGAAAUCUUCAGAGAAUUGCAACAAGGGGUGUGGUGCAAUUAUUUAAUGCUGUUCAGAAACGUCAAAAGAAUGUGGAUGAAAAAGUUAAAGAAGCUAGGAACUCUAUUAGAAAACGUUGUAAGUUAAUAUCAGCUGUUUCCAAGGAAGAUUUCAUCAGUGUUUUGAGAGGAAUGGAUGGAAGUACAAAUGAGACGAGUUCAGCUGGGAAGAACCCAAAAGCUAAACAGGCUGAAGUGAAAUCAGAAGAGGGUCCAGGUUGGACUAUCCUACGUGAUGAUUUCAUGAUGGGAGCAUCCAUGAAAGACUGGGACAAGGAAAGUGACAAGGAAAGUGAUGGGUGAGAUGACAGCAGACCAGGAUCCGCAAGUGACUCUGAUACAUAACGCAACGUAGGAGACACAAUUUGCAACCAUUUUAUUUUUCCUAGAAAAAUAUUUGCUUCUCUCAUAGUUGGGGAAUUAAAAGGAUACCAUUUGUAAGAAAGCCAAAAGACUUUUACCAGCUUUGGUAAAG